AUGAAGAGGCAAGAUCCGGAAGCUGGAACAAGCCCCAAAGUUACAGAACAUGGAAACCAAGGAGAAUUUGGGGAAAGAUCCAGAGAGAAGCUUCUGGCAGAGGGAUCCACACAUAUCCAGUGCCAGCACUUCAGGCAGUUUCCCUACCAGGGAGCCAAGGGGCCCCGAGAGGUUUGCAGCCGACUCCACUAUCUUUGCCACCAGUGGCUGAAGCCAGAAAGGCGCAGCAAGAAGGAGAUGCUGGACCUGGUGAUCCUGGAGCAGUUCUUGGCUGUCCUGCCCCUGGAGAUGCAAAACUGGGAGCAAGGCCUUUCAGUGGGCAUGUCUGGCAAAUUCCUUAGGACAGAGAAGGCUCCAGUGGGCACGAGGUGGAGGCCAUGCUCCAGGAGGGUUGUGUGGAAAAGUGACCAAGGAACCACCUCACUGGGAGGUGACAUGGUGCCAGCAAAACCAAUGAGGUCGUGUUUUCUUGGUCGCCUAGUAGACACCAUAUCUCUGCCAGAUCAGGGUCUGGUGACUUUCGAGGAGGUAUCUGUGAAUUUCACCAAGGAAGAGUGGGCUCUGCUGGAUCCAGGCCAGAGGGAUCUCCAUUGGGAAGUCAUGCUGGAGAAUUUUGCCAACGUGACCUGUCCAGGGGAAGCUCUGAUUCCUAAACUGGAUCUCAUCUCUUCACACAAAGAAAGGGAACCUCUGUUAAUCCAAGGCUCUGAAAGAGAAGAGCGAUCUGGAGACAACAGAUGCGCAACUGGGCAUCAGAAAUACCUACUGGGGACAUUUUCAGAAACAACUGGAUGUAAAGAAGGGGGGAAGCAGAAAAGGAAAACUGAAGUGAAAGAGAAGAGGAAGAAUGCACCCACUCUUCAGAGUGGCAGCUGUGAAGAAAUCGCAAGCCUAGGGAAAACGUCCACAAGGAAUGAAAGGAGUACAUGCCCCAUGUGUGGGAAAAGCUUCACGCGGAAAUCCAGCCUCAGUCUUCACUGGACAAUCCACACGGGGGAGAAACCUUUUAAAUGUUUGGAGUGUGGGAAGAGCUUCAGACGCAGGGAUAAACUUAUUAGACACCAGGGAAUCCACACAGGACUAAAACCAUACACUUGCCUGGAGUGUGGGAAGAGCUUCAGAGACAAAAUAAAUCUUAUUUCCCAUCAAAGAAUCCACACAGGGGAGAAACCAUAUUUAUGCCUGGAGUGUGGGAAAAACUUUGCAUGGAGAAAAACACUGAUUUACCAUCAAAGAAUCCAUACAGGCGAGGAACCGUAUAAAUGCUUGGAGUGCGGAAAGAGCUGCAGUACAGGCUCAGACCUUACAAGACAUCAAAGAACCCACACGGGUGAUAAGCCAUUUAAAUGCCUGGUGUGUGGGAAGAACUUCACUCGGAACACAAACCUUUUAUCACAUCAAAAAAUGCACACAGGGGAACAACCAUAUAAAUGCUCUGAUUGUGGAAAGAGUUUUAGUCAAGGCCCUGCCCUUACCAGACAUCAGAGAAUCCACACAGGGGAGAAACCAUACAAAUGUUCAGAGUGUGGAAAGAGUUUCAACCUGAGCACAACCCUCACUAGACAUCAGAGAAUCCACACGGGGGAGAAACCAUAUCAGUGCUCAGAGUGUGGGAUGAGUUUCACUUGGAGCUCGACCCUGACUUCACACCAAAGAAUCCACACAGGGGAGAACACAUAUGAAUGCCCAGAGUGUGGAAAGUGUUUCAGCAAGAGGAAAAGGCUAGUUUCCCAUCAGAGAAUACACAAAGAGAAUUCCAUGGAUCCUAGAAAUCCCCUUGACAUGACAAAAAUAUUGGGUGGAGCGCCAAUCUUCUCAGCAAGGAUUUCCCAUGAAAGCAUAUAA